ACUCCUAUAGCCAUUAACUCUCCCACCUACAGGAGAAACACAACCCCAUGUCUGAAUUUGACUUGGAGAACUUGGCAGUCUGUGGAUCCAACUUGUUUGUGGCAGGAACAGAGACCACCAGUUCCACCCUAAGAUACGGGCUCCUGCUCCUCAUGAAACAUCCAGAGGUGGAAGCCAAAGUUCAUGAAGAAAUUGACAGUGUGAUUGGACACAACCAGAGGCCCUCCUUGAAGGACAAGAUGAAGAUGCCUUACACAGAGGCUGUGUUGAAUGAGAUACAAAGAUACAUCACCCUCCUUCCGUCUAAUUUACCACAUGCUGUGACCAAGGACACAAAAUUCAGACAAUAUGUCAUCCCCAAGGGCACCACAGUAUUGCCAUUAUUGUCUUCAGUCUUGUUGGACUGCAAGGAGUUCCCCAAUCCAGAGACCUUUGACCCAGGCCACUUUUUGGAUAAAAAUGGCAGCCUCAGGAAAACAGAUUACUUCAUACCCUUUUCCCUUGGGAAACGGGCCUGUGUUGGCGAGGGCCUGGCCCGCGUGGAGCUGUUCCUCUUCCUCACCACCAUUCUGCAAAACUUUUCCCUCAAGCCCCUGGUGGAGCCCAGGGAACUAGAGACCAGACCCCUUGUUACUGGGCUUCUCACCGUUCCCCCGCCUUUCAAGCUGCGCCUUCUUCCUAGAUGAAAGGACUUUCCUCUUUUAACAAUUUGAUUCAAAGUAAUUGCUUUUCCUCUUACUCCCCAAUAGUCUCGCUCUUCAUUUUAAAUACUGUGUAGGACAGAAACACUACUCACUAAGAACUUGACGGACAUUUGUUUAAAUCUGCAAAUCCCUUGACAAAAAGGAGCUGGGUCCUGGCAACUCCAAGGGCACAAACACUGUGUUCAUACCCUGUACAGUUCUUUAUAAACCGCGCUUCAGCAGAGCCAAGACCAGGCCCACACACGGCUUUUGUCGGGGAUAAUUAGCAACAUAGUAGAGCCUUCACUCUUUCUGUGGCUUCGCACAUAUGCCGAUUUUCUGCUGUUUUUCAAAACAGGGACGUUACUAUAAUAGCCUAUGUGUGCGAUUUCUAUUUCCAAUUGGAAGCAUGUAUAGGAUUUGUACCACAUUCACAAAAUAAAUCCUUACUUC